GUCUAAUACAAAACGGAGGAGUUUGAUUAUUGUUCAAAGUUAAAGUCACCCGCUCUAUAUAGGUCUUUCUUUUGUUAGGCAUAACCUAUAAAUUCAAAAAACCUCUAAUGGGAAGAAAAAACAAUUGAAACUCAAAAUCACAAGGAAAUAAUGUUUGAAUUCGCUCGCAGAAAUUGCAGAAGCGAGGCGAAGAGUUGAUUGGCGGAGUCGAAAAAUGGGGUUUUAAGGUACGGUUGUACGAUAGGACACCUUCCAUUGAUAUAUUGUCGGAAUGUCUCGUUCACAAAAUACUCUGUUUUCUUAGUUUUAAAGAGGCAACUCGGAUGAGCAAAACAUGGCUGCAAGUUUGGUCGAAUCUUCCAAACUUGGAUUUCACAAUUGAUUAUUCAAAAGAAAAUGAUAUGAAAAUAGUUGAUGAUAUCAUGAGGAGAUAUUGGGACGGAAAAAUCCCUAUCCAAAAGUUUGAAUUAUCAGUUGAAACGUUCAUCGAAGAUUCUCAUGAAGUAUUACUUGUCCCUAUGAUUGAUAAGUGGCUUGGCGUUGUACUUAGAAAUGGUGUAAAACACCUUACCAUGUCAUCAUACCCCUUGUUUAUUUUCUCAAUCUUGGCCGUAAACUCUGUCAGAAAAUUAGUGCUGGAGUAUUGUACUCUUUUGCCUAGUGUGGUUGUUGUGAAUUGCAAUUCUUUGAGAAAACUUUCUCUAUCUUAUCUAACAUGUGACGAAAACAUGCUUCAGACUUGACAUUGCAUUUCAGAAUGACGUAAACAAUAUUUUCUUAUAACAAUCUUGGCAGCAUAAAUUUGCCAAUUUCGUUAUCUGGUGUUGCUACGCCUCUGGUGGACGUUUUAGAUGUCUACAUUCUGUGGAUGAAUCGCGAAUACCCUUCAUUUGUGGAUGAUUUGGUAUGGAGUAGUCAGCCUAGGAGACUCAACUUGCAAUUAACAAGAGAAAUGGCUACAGUUUUCAUUGAUCGUUUGAUGCAUAUGAAGAAUUCAAUUCACUCUACUUCUCAUGGAAGCAACCCUUGUUAUAGUCAAUUAAAAGAAAAGAGAAUACAAAUAUACAAUCUUAACACGCGGCAGACAUGUAUUGGAUUGGUGCAAAAACUCUGUAAGUAAGUUUUUUCCCUUUAGAAAAGGAGGACAAUUACAUUAGAAAUAGGAUUUCUAUAAUAUGUACGGGUUUUCCUAUAUAUAAAUUAAAGAAUUUUGUAUCAUAGCUAGAAUAGGUUUUUUUUUUUUUAAAGCGUGGUAUUUCCAAAAAUAAAUUUCUAAAUUUUAAUAAAACUGGGAAAGUUAAAGGGACGAAAAAUUACCUUAACCAAUUAGAAAUAGGAUUCCUGUAAUAUACAAAGAUUAUUUUUAUUUUUUUGUCUUUUAGGGAAACAAUACUUUAUAAAUUGAAGAAUUGUUUCAUAGCUACCUCCAAAAGCACGUUAGAGUUUUUCUUUUUGACAUUAGGGUUCAAUAUGAUUGAUAUAUUGCCGGAUUGUCUCAUUCAAAAAAUUCUCUGUUGUCUUAGUUUUAAAGAAGCAACGCGGAUGAGCAUUCUCUCCAAAACAUGGCUACAAGAAUGGUCGACGCUUCCCAACUUGGAAUUCACUAUUAAUUGUUGGGAAGGCAAUAUAAAUACGGCGAACACAGCCAUGGAGAGAUACAGGAAGGGGAAAAUCCCUAUACAAAAGUUCGAAUUAGUAGAGAGCUUUGCUAAUUCUCGUGAAGAUUUCCCUCUGAUUGAUAAGUGGCUCGACAUUGCACUUGAGAAUGGUGUAAAACAUCUUUCUCUCAACUUUAAAUCAUACCCCAUGCCUAUUUUAAGAAUAUUGGCAGCAAAAUCUUUAAGAGGAUUGGAUGUACAGGGUAGCAUGCCUGAUUCGUUAUCUACUGGUGUUGUGAAUUGCAAAUCAUUGAGAAAGCUUUCUCUAUCCAAUAUAAGAUUAGACGAAAACAUAGUCCAGGCUCUACUUAAUAGUUGUCCGUUUAUUGAUUCUUUAAUCCUCGGGUAUUGUUCUGGGAAGCUUCAAAAGAUCAAGUCGGAUUCCUUGAAGGUCUUGAAGAUUCAUCAUUGCAAGAUAGAGGAGAUUGAUGCUCGAAAUUUGGUAUCACUUGACUAUGUGGGGGCUCAAAUUCCCGAAAUUGAUAAAAUUGCAGGAGAGUCAAACCAGUUGGAGCACUCGAAAUUUGGAUGCAUCAACCAUUUAAAUGCGGCAUGGUUUUGUAAGUUGAGGAAGUUUUUAUCAAAUUCGCCCUCUUGGUCUCAUGUUUCCCUUAGAUUUAUAAAUUGCUGUGAGAUCAAGAUGAAAGAUUUGUUAAUGGACCACAUAGGUUCUACGCCUCGGGUGGACGUUUUAAAUGUCAAUAUUGAAUGGAUGAAUCAGAAUUUUGUGGAUGCUUUGCUAUGGAGUUGUCAUCCAAGGAGACUCAACCUAUUCUCAAAUGUUACUCCAACGAUUACACAUUUCAUUGAUCAUUUACUGUUUAUGAUGAAUUCGAGUCAUUCUACUUCUGAUAGAAGCUUACCUUGGCAUAGUCAAUUAAAAGAAAUAAAAGCUUUUGAUGGAAAAAAUCAGUCGCUACCACUCAUAAGUGGGGAGCUUGCAAAAAGGAUCCGUAUGGAGGGGGAGAAAGUUUAUUUUUUAUUACAUUGGUGUAGUUAAAUUUAAUUUGUUUCUAUUUCAAAUUGAAUUGAAUGCACUUAUUCUUUUUUGCAUUGGUUACAAUGUAUUAGAUAUUAAUAAAAUAGAACUAAGAACAUAAU